AAACCGGUCGGGCCUAACGAGACCCAUUUCGUCUGCGCCAGUCAGUCAAUAAACAUAGAGGUUUCUAUCAGUAGGCAAACUCACCGUUGUGCAUGUGAGGAAGUAGUGCUAAACGAUUUCUUCAGAACAGAGCCAUGUCCACAAACGUGCGAGGAGUUGUACUGUCUGGAGUCGAAUUGGCCAAAGAAAUCCGAGAGGGCCUAAUCAGAGAUGUGAACGUCUUAAAAGAGAAAUUACCUGAUUUCGCACCUGGCCUGGCUAUCGUUCAGGUAGGCGCGAGGGAAGAUUCGAACGUUUACAUAAAGAUGAAAAUCAACGCGGCCCGCGAAAUAGGUAUCAAUGUUCAACGUUGUCAGCUUCCUAAUACCACAACGGAAGUAGAGCUCAUCAACAAAGUUUGCAAACUGAAUAAUGAUCCAAAUGUUCAUGGAAUUAUUGUGCAAAUGCCACUUGAUAGUGUCAAUAAAAUCAAUUCUCAUCUAAUCACCGACCUAGUAUCUCCAGAUAAAGAUGUCGAUGGACUAAAUACUAUUAAUGAAGGCCGAGUUGCGAUCGGUGACAUGUCUGGAUUUUUACCAUGCACUCCAAACGGCUGUAUCGAAUUAAUUAAGAGGAGCGGCGUGGCUAUUGCCGGUGCUCAAGCCGUUGUUUUGGGACGAAGCAAGAUUGUCGGCACUCCGGUUGCCGAGCUGUUGAAGUGGCAUAAUGCCACUGUAACGGUCUGCCACUCCAAAACAAAGGAUCUCUCUGAUGUGGUGCGUCAAGCUGAUAUUUUAGUAGUUGGCAUAGGACAGCCCGAAUUAGUUAAGGGUGAUUGGAUUAAACCAGGUGCCGUUGUCAUCGAUUGCGGCAUCAAUCCUAUACCAGAUCCUACAAAGAAAAGCGGACAACGUUUGGUAGGCGACGUAGCUUACCAGGAAGCUGCUAAAAUAGCUUCGUACAUUACACCGGUACCAGGCGGCGUUGGGCCGAUGACAGUAGCGAUGUUGAUGAAAAAUACCGUGAUAUCCGCACAAAGGUCGGCGCAGAAGCUCCUCAACGUCCAAUGGAAAUUACGGACACUUAAACUGAAUCCCGUGAGACCCGUGCCGAGCGACAUCGAUAUCUCCAGAAGCCAGGAGCCAAAAACGAUCGCUGUGCUAGCCGAUGAAAUCGGACUGCUGCCGAACGAGUUUAGCCCUUACGGCAGCAGGAAGGCUAAAAUCGGCCUCAGCGUGCUGCAACGACUGAAGAAUCAACAAAAUGGAAGGUACGUCGUGGUGGCGGGUAUCACGCCAACGCCGUUCGGCGAAGGAAAGAGCACGACUUCCCUCGGAUUGGUGCAAGCACUAACGGCGCACAGAGGCAUCAAUUCUUUCGUUAACGUUAGACAACCCAGCCAGGGGCCUACGUUCGGCGUCAAAGGAGGUGCUGCAGGAGGAGGGUAUUCGCAGGUCAUACCCAUGGAGGAAUUCAAUCUCCACUUAACCGGAGACAUUCACGCCGUUAGCGCCGCGAAUAAUCUUAUGGCGGCGCAAAUCGACGCGCGAUACUUCCACGAGUCGACGCAGAGCGAUAAAGCUCUAUACGAUCGGCUGGUGCCGACUAUCAAGGGCGUCAGGAAGUUCUCGAAAAUCCAGCUGAGGCGGUUGCAAAAGCUCGGCAUCACGAAAACCGAUCCGAACUCGUUAACGGAGGAAGAGCAACGUCGAUUCGCAAGGCUUGACAUCGAUCCGGAGAACAUCACGUGGACGCGAGUGGUGGAUAUUAACGAUCGGUUUUUGCGCAAGAUCACCAUUGGUCAGAGUUCAACUGAGAAAGGCAAGACAAGAGAGACCUCGUUCUGUAUUUCCGUUGGGUCCGAGAUAAUGGCAAUUAUAGCAUUGUCAACCAGUGUCGAGGAUAUGAAAAGACGGCUUGGUAAUAUCGUUGUCGGAUUUAGCAAGAGUGGCGAGCCUUUAACUGCUGAAGAUUUUGGUAUGACGGGAGCAAUGGCGAUUCUGCUAAAAGAAGCUAUAGAACCGACACUUAUGCAAUCAUUGGAAGGUACGCCGGUAAUGGUGCACGCCGGACCGUUCGCCAAUAUAGCCCACGGAUGUUCAUCCAUUCUCGCUGACGCUAUUGCCCUAAAAUUGGUCGGACCAGAAGGUAUCGUAGUGACGGAAGCCGGAUUCGGUUCGGAUAUCGGCUUGGAAAAAUUCUUCGACAUCAAGUGUCGUACUUCCGGACUCGUACCGAAUGCCGUCGUACUCGUGGCGACUAUCCGAGCAUUGAAGAUGCACGGUGGCGGACCACAGGUAACGACCGGGGCACCGUUGAAGAAAGAAUACGUCGAAGAAAAUGUCGAACUUGUUAGAAAAGGCCUGCCGAAUCUGCAAAAGCACAUCAGCAAUGGUUUGAAAUACGGCAUGCCCGUAGUUGUUGCCAUCAACUCUCACAGUACCGAUACUCAAGCGGAGCUACAACUCGUUAGGCAAGCAGCCUUGGAGAGCGGUGCAACUGAUGCAGUAAUAUGCACUCAUUGGGCCGACGGCGGGGCUGGCGCUGCAGCUCUCGCGGAUGCAGUGAUAGCCGCUACCGAAAAAAAUAAUAAUUUCAAGCUGUUGUAUGAUCUCGAGGAUAGCAUCGAAGAAAAAAUUAACAAGAUUGCUAAAGAGAUAUACGGUGCUGGCCAAGUUGUUUUCGCGGAAAAGGUGCAGAAACGGAUCGAAGAGUACAACAAGUUAGGAUAUAACAAACUUCCGAUAUGUAUGGCGAAAACAUCGAAUUCGUUAACCGGAGAUCCAGCUAUCAAAGGUGCACCAACCGGUUUCACCCUUCAUAUUACAGAUAUAUUCGCUUCGAUCGGCGCCGGAUUUGUCGUGCCCAUGGUGGGAGAGAUCAUGAUGAUGCCCGGACUUUCGACUAGACCAAGUAUCUACGAUAUGGACUGGAAUAGCGAAACAGGAGAAAUAGAAGGCCUAUUUUAAAUUAAAUCUCUAUUUUUGCACAGCGGAAGAAACAUUUUCGCAAUAUCUGUAUUAAUAUAAUUUCUGAGAAAAUUUACAUAUCAAUAUAUAUAAUUGCACUCAAUAUAAUCGCUAUAAUCAAUGCCAAUAAAUUUUUUUGUACUCGA